UGAGCGCCCAAUGCGCGUGCGCGUUGCUGCGCGGUGCGCGCGAGCCGGGCCGGGCUGGGAGCGGCGCCGCCAUGAGCUCCAUCGGCACCGGGUACGACCUGUCAGCUUCCACAUUUUCUCCAGAUGGCAGAGUGUUUCAGGUGGAAUAUGCUAUGAAAGCAGUGGAGAACAGCAGUACAGCAAUUGGGAUAAGAUGCAAAGAUGGUGUUGUCUUUGGAGUAGAAAAACUAGUUCUGUCCAAGCUUUAUGAGGAGGGUUCCAAUAAACGUCUCUUCAAUGUCGACCGACACGUUGGGAUGGCAGUGGCAGGGCUGCUGGCAGACGCCCGCUCCUUGGCAGACAUCGCCAGGGAAGAGGCUUCCAACUUUAGAUCCAACUAUGGAUAUGAUAUUCCUCUGAAGCACCUCGCGGACAGAGUGGCCAUGUAUGUGCAUGCCUACACCCUGUACAGUGCUGUCAGACCCUUUGGCUGCAGUUUCAUGUUGGGGUCCUAUGACAGUGAUGAUGGUGCACAGCUGUACAUGAUUGAUCCAUCAGGAGUUUCAUACGGUUAUUGGGGGUGUGCCAUUGGUAAAGCCAGGCAGGCUGCAAAAACAGAGAUAGAAAAACUUCAGAUGAAAGAAAUGACCUGCCGUGAUGUUGUUAAAGAGGUGGCAAAAAUAAUCUACAUAGUUCAUGAUGAAGUAAAGGAUAAAGCUUUUGAGCUGGAACUCAGCUGGGUUGGAGAAAUAACCAAUGGAAAACAUGAAAUUGUUCCCAAAGACAUCAGGGAAGAAGCAGAAAAAUAUGCCAAGGAAUCUUUGAAAGAGGAAGAUGAAUCAGAUGAUGACAAUAUGUAACACAUUGUUACUCCAAAAUAAGUUCAACUUUUCUUAUCUUAGACCAUGUUUGUUUAUAAUGCAUUAAGCAUGGGAUGAUGGUAUGUACUUGUUGGAAAAAACUGAGUGACCAACUUGCACUAAUAAAUUUUCCAUUUUACUGUC